AUUACCAAGCAUGGCAAAGUCUUCAUUCCCCCUCUUGCUAUAAUGACUCUGCAGUGGGGGAGCUGUCACUGUAAAAUAGCUUUUCUCAGGAAACAAAUCUGACUUGGAGACACAAAGGGCACAGACUUUCAUAUGAAAUGGAGCACUGUUUUCAUACGGCUACCUCUCAAAGAAUAAUUGCAUUUUGAAUACUGCAGACAGAAGGCUAUGUCAACAGGGACUCCACUAGCCCUGGACUGGCACUGAGGUUUCUGUGUGUGUGCUUCACUGUUGUCCAGCCAGAGCUGGCUACAAGGUGCUGUGAAAAUCCUGAAGAUAUUCCAGCUACUGGCUGUAGAUACCUGGUUAAGCAGGUUCAUGAUAUACAUCUCUUGCCACACUUGAUGUUGCUUCUCACAUCACUUCAAACCCCAUCAACACUUCAUUUGGUCAAGGCCCUUCUUUGCCUUUACAGCUGAAACAAGAAGUCCAUUCUGUUCUCAGAUUGGAGGCUUUUCCCCAUGAGUGUUUCUCAUGCUGUCUCCCCAUAUUAGACGCCCUCCUUGCUCAGGAGCAGCUGAUCGAUGGUUUUUCCACAGCCUCGCUACUGCCUCUCGAACCAGGCUCGAUAAUGUGAAAGACAGAUAUCCUGUUCGCCUGAAGUUAACUCCAAGCUGACCUCUCACUGCAAGUGGACAGUUUCUCAAAGAUGAGGCUUGGUGGAGCAGCUUCUCACUACCUCAACUAUGGAAGGCCAGCUCUGUGCUAACCUGGACAGUUCUGUGAAAAAACCUCCAGGAGCAAGGCCUCCGUCCUUCAUUGCUUUGCUGAAGGUACACCGAGAGCUCCUGGUCAGUAGAAUCCGAAACACUCAGUGUUUGAUUGAUAACUUGAUUAAGAACGACUACUUCUCCACCGAAGAUGCAGAGAUUGCUGUCCAGUUUCCUACUCAAGCAGAUAAGGUUCGCAAAAUUCUAGACUUGGUUCAAAGCAAGGGAGAAGAAGUUUCAGAAUAUUUCGUCUAUGUCCUGCAGAAAGUCACUGAUGCUUACUAUGAACUUCAGCCUUGGCUGGACGAAAUAGGUUACGAGCCUUCAGAGAAUAUUUGUAGUAAACCUGUGGUAAAUACAGAUCCAGUUAGCAGGUAUUGCCAGAAACUCAGAUAUGAACUGGGACAGGAUUCCAAGUUUGUUAUGUCAUACGCUCAGAGGGAGGAAAUGCUGCUUGAAGAAAUCUACUCUAACAGCAUCAUGGAGCUGGUCAGUUUUACCAAUGAGAGUCUUGGCCAGGUGGGUCAAUUAGAAACCCUUUUUGAUGAUACAGUUGGACUAAUUAAUGAAGAUGGAGAGACUGUUUAUAUUUAUGGUGAUGCAGGAAUUGGAAAAUCCAUCUUGCUGCAGAAGAUACAAAGCCUUUGGGCCAGAAAAGAAUUGGACAUAGGGGCCAAAUUUUUCUUCCGUUUUCGAUGUAGGAUGUUUAGUUGCUUUAAGGAAGAUGAAGCCAUAUGUUUGAAAGACCUGCUCUUCAAAUAUAAUUGCUACCCAGACCAGGACCCCACAGAAGUGUUCCAUCACAUCUUGCAAUUCCCUCAUACAGUCCUCUUCACGUUUGAUGGCUUUGAUGAGAUCUAUGCCAACUUUGAUCUCAGUAGUGUACCUGAGAUAUGUUCACCCCAUGAACCCAUUCACCCCUUGGCACUGCUGGUAAGCCUUCUCAGGGGAAAGCUUCUUAAGGGAUCCAAGAAAAUUCUCACAGCGAGGACAGGAACUGAGAUCCAAAGAAACAUCAUUAAAAAGAAAGUGUUGCUCCGUGGUUUCUCUAGCAAUAACCUGAAGGAAUACACUGCUAUGUUUUUCAAAGAUGAGCGGCAACGAACACUGGUAUUGAACCAGUUGGAAGCUAACCCCAAUCUUUGCAGUUUGUGUUCAGUGCCUUUAUUUUGUUGGAUUAUCUUUAAAUGCUAUGAACACUUCCAUUCCGUGCUUGACAGCCAUGAGCUUCCAGACAGUUCUGUUACACUGACAGAUGUAUUUUUGCUCAUGAUUGAAGUUCAUCUGAACCGAUCUCUGAAAACAAGUUUGCUGAAGAACAGCAUCAGGAGCCAAGCAGAGAUGUUCAAAUCAAGAAAGGAAACUCUUCUAGCUUUGGGUAAAAUGGCAUACAAAGGGUUGGAGAACUCUUUCUUUAUCUUUGAGCAGGAAGAGGUCUCCUCAGUGAACAUCUCUGAAGAAGAUUUGCAAUUGGGCUUUCUCAGGACAGUUAAAGGUUACAGUGGUUGUGACAGUCAGGCCACUUACGAGUUCUUGCACGUAACCCUUCAGUCUUUUUUCACAGCUUUGUUUUUGGUUAUUGAGGAGAAAGUGGGUGCCAAGGAAUUACUUGAGUUUUUCAAUGAAUGCUCUUUCACUGAGACUGCCCAGCCUACUUGCCUUCGCAUACCUUGGCUGAAGAAACAACUAGCAGGGGAGGAUCCUUUCGGAAAUAAGGAACACUUUAAUUUUACCAACAUGUUUCUUUGUGGCCUUCUUUCUGGAUCCAAGCAGAAGCUCUUCAGGCAUUUAGUUUCACCUGCAGUCCUUAAGAGGAAGAGAAAAACACUCAUCACAUACCUUGGGGGGAGCAUGAAAUCCCACCUGAAAGGCUACACUCGGUCCAGGCUUACAAGCUACAAUCAGAUCCAGGUCCAGCCCAACUUUGUUUGGAUGCUGAGGUGCCUUUACGAGACUCAGAGUGAGAAGGUGGGGAAGAUGGCUGCCAAACGCAUGCACGCCAAUUACAUCAAGCUGGCGUACUGCAAUGCCUACUCUGCCGACUGCAGUGCCAUCUCCUUUGUGGUGCAUCACUUUCAGAAGCGCCUGGCUCUGGAUUUGGACAACAACAACAUCAACGACUAUGGAAUAAAACAGCUACUACCUUGUUUCAGCAAGCUUGCAGUGAUCAGGCUCAGUGUAAAUCAGGUCACAGAUCAUGGCGUAAGGAUCUUGUAUGAAGAACUCUCCAAGUACCGAAUUGUGUCUUUCUUGGGCUUAUACAGCAAUCAAAUCACUGAUGUCGGAGCCAAAUAUGUUGCAAAACUAAUUGAAGAGUGUUCAAGCCUGGAAUAUGUUAAAAUAGGAGCAAACAAAAUAACUAGUGAAGGAGGGAAGUGCCUUGCCCAGGCCAUCCAGAAGAGCAAGACAAUGUUUGAAAUCGGGAUGUGGGGUAAUCGAGUUGGAGACGAAGGAGCAAAGGCAUUUGCAGAGGCCCUGAGGAACCACCCCAGGUUAACAAAUGUGAGUCUCGCAUUCAAUGGCAUCACGACAGAGGGAGGCAAAAGUAUUGCUGAAGCUAUGCAACACAACAACUCCGUGAGAAUAUUCUGGUUGACUAAAAAUGAGCUGGAUGAUGAGGCAGCAAUGAGCUUUGCAGAGAUGCUAAAGGUCAACAAGAAACUGGUGCAUUUAUGGCUUAUACAGAAUCAAAUUACAGCCAAAGGGGUGAAGUGCCUCAGCGAAGCUCUCAAGGAGAACACGACCAUUAAAGAAAUCUGUUUGAAUGGGAACCUGAUAAGCCAAGAAGAGUCCAAAGCUUUUGAAAAUGAAGAACGGAUCAUUUGCUUUUGAAUGAGGACAUUUUGCCAAGUUCAUUUAACAAUGGUUACUCCUACUCUUGGACCACUGAGUUUAUAAAGGCAGAAAUCUACAGGGCUCAUGGCAGGAGAGACAUACAUGAUUAGCUGCCUUUUUAUGAACAUGCUGCUCUCCCUCAGCUCCAUCCCUUAUCCUGCUUGUUAUUCCUAAUCCUUUUGGUGAGUGGGAAGUUGCCUGGGUAAAUAAUUAAUGUUUGUACAGUGCUUUGAAGAUGAAAUGCAAAGUGUUAACAGAGUAAAUCCACUGUUAUAUGCAUUUUGAUAACUGAGUUUAGUUUUAUUCUGUACAGUGGUGUAAAUAAUUUCUAACUUAUUUAUAUCCGUAAAUACAUACACACACGUAUAUAUAUGCAAGAAAGGGUGCAAGGUGCACAAAUUCCACCAGCUCACAGUAUUACCUGCCUCAGAACUGAAAAUUAAUAUCUGUAGCUUUACUGGAAACAGUAUCUAUACUAUUGGUAUGAAUGUUUUCAACAUGAAUACCUUCCUCCUGCCUAGAAAUUAGGCCCCUAUUUCUCCGCUGACUACAGGCAGCAUUGUAGACAUUGCUUUUUUUUUCGUUUGGGUUUUUUUGGGGGGAGUAGAAACGGAUACAUCAGGCUCAGAUUACUUUCAGUAAUCUUUUUUUCCAUAUUGAAGGCAAUCCAUUUUCUUUUAUACAACCAGAAGUCCUUACUGCCUUCACUGCA